UACACCGGAGACUUUGAGCUAUCAAUAAGUGUUUUGAACAUCCCAAUUUGCACCACACUUAAUAUUCAGGCAAGAGGUCUUGCCCGGAUGGUGUUGAAGCGCAUUACGCCCCGCCCACCGUUUGUGGGCAUCGUACGCAUUUUCCCCGUCACCAGCCCUGAAGUGGACUUGACGUUCACCGGGAUAGCAGCAUAUAUAUCGAUGUUCGAAUCUUACUACAAGGAUAAAGUUAUUGAGGCAAUACCGUGGCCUUUCGAGUUUCCGCUGGCAGAAGACGGUCUCAGCAUGGAAGAGUUUAGUGCGCCAUCACUUCAAGGUGUGAUCAGACUGAGAGUAACUGGAACUGACAAUGAUGGAGUGACUCAAUGCUCAUUUCGACAGGAACUUCAACAGUUUACUGCUUGCAAACCAUGGAAUUCAGUUUUUGAGGUUCUUUGUUAUCCACACAUGAGAGAACGAGGAAGAGGAAUUGAAAUUACAGCUAGAAAUACCAGGAAUUGGUUGGAAGUUGAAGAUAUCAUAACUUGGAAGCGUUUAAGGAAGACAUUUCGUAUUGAAGGCAUCCCACGCACUAAUUUAUACAUUGAAGCUACAUGGCAUGAACUCGUAAGCCAGGUUGGAUUAUUGCCAAUGUCUGAGAGAGGAGUGCGUGUGGGUCUAAAUGUCGGUGAAAAGUUCAGCUUCAUGGCUAACUCGACGGAGUACCCGAAGGACCAGGAGAGGAAGCUAACUAUAUUUGAACGAGGAUAUGAUUACCUAAUUACAUCUCUACAUGAACAAAAGCUAAAAAUCGUGGUAAGAUUAUACAGUGAAUUUUCAGUAUGACUAUGUUAUUAAGCA